AUGAACAGUGGGGAGCAGCACAGGGAGGACUGGUCAGCAGCAACAGCAGCAACAGCAGCAGCAGCAGCAGCAGCAGCCGGUGCAGCUGCGGCAGCAGCAGCCACAGCAGCAACAGCAGCUGAGUCGACUGAAAGGCCCGAAAUAAUGGGGACCACCGCCGAGUGUGCUGCUGCAGAAGCUGCUGCUACCGCUGCGCCUGCUAACCAGCCGCUGCAGGCCCAGCAGCAGCAGCAGCAGCAGCAGCAGCAGAUGCAGCAGCAGCAGCAGCAGAUUGGCGCUGCGUGUAGUUUGUGCGUGGUGUCCGUUCACUCCAGCUCCCGCCCUCAGCCCCUCGACAGCGCAGGUGACCCUAAAACACAGCAGCAGCAGCAGCUGCCGCAGCAGCAGCAGCAGCAGCAGCAGCAGCUUGUGCUGCAGGUGCGGAUAGUGUCUGUGGCGUGCAUAUUCGCGUCUCUGUUUGUUGCUGCUGCUGCUGCUUGCUGCUGCUGCUCCUCGGCCCCCCCCUCCCUCUCUCUUGCUGCUCUUGCCCUUGGGGUGCUGCUCGACGCAGCAGCAUCUGCUGUUGUUCUUUGGCGUUUCCAGAGGGGCCCUUCGGGGGCCCCCCUCAAGCAGCAGCAGCAGCAGCAGCAGCAGCAGCAGCAGCAGCAGCAGCAGCAGGAGCUGAGACGCACACUUGGGGGACUUUUUUGCGGGGGCAAGCCGAAGCCAGUUGAGCUGCAGGAUCUCGAAAGGGAGGCUUCAACAGCUUCGACGGCUGCUGCUGCAGAAGGUGCAGCAGCAGCAGCAGCAGCAGCAGCUGCUGCUGCUGCUGCUGCUGCUGACAAGGAAGUCGAGGACAUCGUCCCCGCUGCAAGUCCAGCGGAAGACGGGGCUACGCUGGAGGCCCCCUCGGGGGCCGGCACAGCAGCAGCAGCAGAAGCAGCACAGACUGAGGCAGCAGCAGCAGCAGCAGCAGCAGCAGCUGCUGCUGCUGCUGCUGCUGAGGCGGUUGUGGAGAAGAGGGAGCAGCUGGCGAGCCGGCUGGUGGGUUUUGUGCUGCUGCUGUCGGGCCUGUGGGUGUGUCUUCAUUCUUGCUUCGCGUUGCAGGCGCACGAGCGAGCAGCAGCAGCAGCAGCAGCAGCAGCAACAGCAGCAGCAGCAGCGGCGCUGCAGCAGCAGGCCGUGGCCGCAGCAGCAAAGACCUUCUGCGUCACUGCCCCUGCUGCCUUCAUUCUCUUCUUUAUUUGUCUUUAUAAACGCCACUUAGCUUUCAAACUCAGCAGCAAAUUGCUGCACUUGGACUUCCGCUCUUCAGCUUUCUCGCUGCUGCUCUCUCUUGUUGCUGCUGCUGCUUCCGCGCUUUGCCUUUUCCUCCACAGGGGCCCCCCAGGGGGCCCCGGGGGGCCCCCCGAGGGGCCCCCCAGGGGGCCCCCCGAGGGGCCCCCCAGGGGGCCCCCCGCAGACCCACAGCGGGGCGUGGGGGCCCCCGGGGGCCCCCACAAGCGGGCCCUAGCAGAGGGCCUCUAUGGGGGCUCCCCAAAGGGGCCCCCAGGGGGGCCCCCACUCCAGGGGCCCCUAGAGGGGCCCCCACAGCGGGGGCCCCUUGAGGGGCCCCCACUGGAGGGGCCCCCAGAGGGGCCCCUACAGCAGGGGCCCCCAGAGGGGCCCCCACAUGGGCUUGUAGAGGGGCCCCCACAGGGGCUUCUAGGGGGGCCCCCCCAGCGGGGGCCCCUGGGGGGGCCCCCACAGCAGGGGCCCCUGGGGGGGCCCCCACAGGGGGGCCCCCCGGGGCCUUCUUUGCCCCCCAGUUAUGAUUCUCUUGCUGCUUUAUUUGUUUCCUUUUUCAUGAUUGCUGAGGGGCUUCGCAUUUCGUGCUGCAGCAAGUCCCGGAGGGCCCGGAGGGGCCCCUAG